AUGGGAAAAGCAAAAGAAGCCAGAGUUUCACAAUGGUAUUUUGGAGGCCUGGCCUCUGCUGGUGCUGCUUGUAUAACUCAUCCUCUGGAUCUAUUGAAAGUACAAAUGCAGACACAAAAAGGAAAAAAUAUUUCAAUGUUUCAAUUAACCGGAAUAGUUUUAAAAAAUCAAGGAGUUAUGGGUCUUUAUAAUGGCAUAUCAGCAUCACUGUUACGUCAACUGACAUAUUCUACAGCAAGGUUUGGCAUCUAUGAGGUAGCAAAGCAACAACUUACUCCUAAAGAUGGCACUGCAAUUCCAUUUUACAUGUCUGCCUUCCUAGCAGGCCUCGGAGGUUUUGCUGGAGGCUUUGUUGGAAAUCCAGCUGACUUAGUAAAUGUUCGAAUGCAGAAUGAUGUAAAACUGCCACCCGAGCAACGAAGAAACUACAAGAAUGCCAUACACGGGCUUUACCGUGUUGCUGCUACAGAAGGUGUUCUGCGUCUCUGGGCUGGGGCAUCUAUGACCUGCAGCCGAGCGGCUCUAAUGACUAUUGGCCAACUUUCCUUUUAUGAUCAAAUCAAGGGAAUACUUCUUGCUGUACCAUAUUUUGGGGACAAUGUAAUAACACACGUAACUUCAAGUUUGCUAGCUGGUGCUGUUGCUACAACAUUGACUCAACCAGUAGAUGUACUAAAGACUAGAGCAAUGAAUGCAAAGCCAGGUGAAGUUAAAAGUAUUUUGAAAUUAGUUAAAAACACUGCCAUGGAAGGCCCAUUAGCAUUUUUCAAAGGCUAUGUCCCAGCAUUUGUAAGACUUGCCCCACACACUAUCCUAACAUUUGUAUUCUUAGAACAAUUGAGAAUGAAUUUUGGAUAUAUAAAAGGAAAU